GCUAGAGAUUCUCUCCGGUCUGUCAAACUACAGCACAGCAAGUGACACUUUCUCUCAUUUUAACACGUUAAGUUAAAGUUUAAAGGUUUUACAGUUUCCCCACACCCACUGUAAAAAAAUGCAGGCAGCAGCGAUGCCCAGGAAAAAGUCUAAACGAAAGAAGAAUAAGAAAGAACGGAAGAAACGCAGAGCUUCAACGUCUUCCUGUGAGGAUCAGGGAAAAGAGGACACAGAGAGACGCAGAAGCGGUGAGAGGGACAAACACAAGCAUGUGAGCAGUGAAAGCACUGACUGUCCACGAUCAGCGCAGGAAAUCCAGGCAAAAAGUAGAGCUUACAGAAAAUCAGAUAAAGAAAGCGUGAAGGUGAAAUCAGAAGCAGAGAAAGAUCCUCAUGGCCGUAAGCACUGUUCAGUAAAACACUCUUCCUCACGGCUUGAUGCGUCUACCUCAACAGAGAGCUCCAGUAGUUCUAUUCCUAAAGCCCCAGCCAAAGAGCAGCAUGAGUGGAGUAAGAACCUGGGGAAGAGGAAGUCUUCUUCAGAGGAGCCUGGAAAGAGAGCAACCGAGGGUGAAGAAAAGAUGAAGAAGCUCAUAAAAAGAAAGGCAUCCACGGAGGAUGAUUACCCAGUGACCAAGCAGAGAUCUGGCAAAGAACAGACUGAGGCUGACAAGACAGUGAGAAAAGAGUUAGCCGAGAAGGAGUACAGGAAGUGGAAAGAAGAGCGCGUCUCAGAAUGGAAACGGAGCAGUCAUGAGAAAGGUCCGAGCCAAAGCUUGUUUAAGGAGUUGAAACAUGUAGCAUCUGACUCCAUCUCUCCCCAUACCUCCAGAGAUAAGCCAUCAUCAUCAUCAUCAUCUUUUAAAAUAAGUUUCAAAAUCCCAAAGAAGUCCAGUGUUGUGAAAACACAGAAAAUAGUCGCAGCCAAUUGGCAAAAUGAGAAAAAAUCUCCCAUCACUAGUAAAUGUCUUCUUAAAGCGAUAGACGCUCCAACUGUGAAAGUAACUCCUGAACAGACUACACCAAGCCCUACAGAGGUUCCUCCUCCGGUUCCUGCAAGUUCUCCUCAUGUCCAGGGCCUGCAGUCGGGUGCACCAGAAAAGACGGGAGUGACAAGCAGCAGUAAUGCUUUAUUACAGCAUGUUAGUUGUUAUGAUUCUCCUGAACGCACAGAAACCACUGAUGACGAUGAUUUUGAGAUGCAGAUAGUUGAAGAGCUGCACCUGGCCCGCUCUAACAGGCAACUGCACGUGAAUGUGGAGGAGAGUUACGGAGAGCUGACCAGCAUGGAUGUGGACCCUGCAGACGAGAGCGCCACCACCGCAUCCAGUCAGAAGCAGCAGCAGGACCUCCUCAUUGUACUCGACACUAAUGUUCUCCUCAGCCACCUGGAUUUUGUGAAGAAGAUCAGAUCUCAUGGACUUGGAGCUCUGGGAUUCCCAACACUGCUGGUUCCCUGGGUUGUCCUCCAGGAGCUGGACUCUUUAAAAAGCGGGAAACUGUCGAAGAACGUGGAAAGGAAAGCGCAGCCGGCUGUCAACUACAUCUACACAUGUCUGAAGGACCAGGAGCCGCGUCUCUGGGGCCAGUCCAUGCAGCAAGUGUCUCAGGCUGCCUGUGGGCUGGACACGAUGAAUAACGACGAUCGGGUGCUGCAGUGCUGUUUGCAGUACAAGGCUUUAUAUCCAGAGGGCUCCGUAGUGCUGUGCACUAACGAUAAGAACCUGUGCAGUAAAGCUCUGCUGAGUGGAGUCAAGGCCCUGAGUAAAGCCGAUCUACAAGAGCAAGCAAAAGUAAACCCUGAUAACUUUCAUCAACGUUUGGACCUGACUUCUGCUUAUACACAUGCAGCACCUGAUAAGCAACAGCUGGAAGAGAAGGUACAGAGGUCAUGUGAAAAGGUGGAAGCGAGCAGGAAGAAGGAGACGGAGCGAGAACUGAGCGAGUGUGUGUCCGUGUUCGAGAGCAGCCUGCAGAGAGCUCUGUCUGCCGUCCUGGAGGAAGAGAUGAAGGCUGCGUUUGGAGAGCUGUGGCUAGAGAUCGUGUACGUGAAGCCUCCAUGGACUCUGGAUGCGUUGCUGCAGUGUUUCCGGAAGCAUUGGAUCGCUGUGUUUGGAGCCAUUAUUAGAAGAAGUCUGAUCAGUUGUGUGGAGACACUCAGCAGGUUUGUCAACACAGACGUACAAGUGGACCGCGGCUCUGUUCUUAACGUGGUAUCUGCGGCCGAGGAGCUUCUUACAGCGCUGCGCUGCAGGUCUCCGUACAGCGGCCAUGUGGACUCGGCCCUCUCCCACCUUGAGAACUUACAGCACAGGUUACAAGCCAAGCCUCAGAAAUCCCCAGUGGUUGACAGAGAGGGUGACACUCUAAUGGCUGAUGCAGUUCAGGAUGUAGCUCCGCCUUCACAAGCUUCUCAUCAGGAAGUGUGGGCUGUGUUCGAGAGCAUCUGGAACAAUGUGUGCCGUGUCAGCUCGGCUGUCUUCUCAGCACUGGACUUCUCUCCAGGCUCAUUGGGUUCACUAGAGCCACGAGCCACGCCGCCUCCCGAAGACGCUCUUAGCUGCCUCCACAGGCUCAACGCUGCUCUCGAGCAGCUGCUGGAGGCCUUCCAGAGGUUACUGUCUGUGAGCAGCACUAUAGAAGACGCUCAGGCACUGCUCACCUUUAUUCACACUAGCGAGAUCGCUGCUAUGGAGCCACGCUUCACUGCCAAGGACCUGUUUGAGUGCCUGUCUCACCAGGAGUACAGGGAGAAGCUGUGUAUAGGAGGAGCUCAGCUGAUGGAACUGAGGGAGAACCUGCAUCGCUGCGCAGCCGCUGCAUGCUGUCCGAACGGAGCUCAAAACUAAGAUCUGGCAACGUGUAGAAGUCUACACAGAAACCAAACUUGCACUGACGCUCACGUAAUCACUCAGUGAUCCGCCAGGGACUCAUCACUCAGGUAUCAUUCAGCUGGUCGAGACUGUGAUGAAGAAUUUCCACGAAUCCAAACACAAAACCUUAUGAUCUAACCUCUAGGUUUCCAAUAAGCAUGCGAGUGGUUUAGAGGUUAUUGCUGAGUAUGUUUGUUUUUGUGUAAUGAGGGACCAGAUCCUAGGAUCUGAUUUCUGAACCGAAUGGAGCUGCUGUUAGCAAAUUGCAGAAAAGUUGGUUUAUCUUUUUUUUUUUUCUUUCUUUUUAAAAAAAGACUAAAUAAAAAAAAACUAUUCAAUAGUUGCUGUGAUUGAAAGGGGGAACUACCUCAAAAUAAAAAGGUGCUGAAUGCAAGCUAUGUUUAAAGCCUUAAGUUCCAAAAACAGUUUGAAUAAUAAUAAUAAUUAAUAAAUGCAACAGGGAUGAUUUUUGUUUUUCUGUCUGAUCUGAUCUGAAGAUGUUCUUGUAUAAAGAUUUACGAACGUUUGUUUAUCGCGAUACCUCUUUUUGUAUCAUUGAGCAGUUUUGUUUUAUAUAACAAAUGCAUUUUAUAUUCCUUUAAAAAAUGCAGUCUGUGAAUAUAUACUGUAUGUAUGUAUUAUAUAUUUAUUUCUGCUGUAAAUUGUAAUC